GCUUUGAUCUGCAAUUUAGUUUGCUUCGCCUUUUUUUGGUUUUGGACAUACUGCUCGGUUGUUUGUCGAGUCUCCCUCAGUUCGCUAUGUUCUCUUGGAUUCGGCUCCUCGGAGCCCUUCUUCUACUUGCCUCUGUGGCUCAUGCGCAGUUCCAGUUCUUUGAGCAUAUGUUUGGAGGCGGCGGUGGCGGCGGUGGUGGUCACCAGGGUCGUCAGCAGGCGGCGCAGAAUGUUCCGAGUGAUAGCUCGCGGUAUCAGAGUCAGUGGGAUUCAGCCCAUUGCGAUAAAUACCUCUGUCCUGGUACCCUCGCAUGCGUCCAUUUUCCGCACCAUUGCCCGUGUCCGCACCCCGACGUCGAAGAGAAGGUUGAACUUGGUGAAGGAAGUGCCGUUUGUGUGUCGAAGGGAGGAUACAAGGCCGGUGAGGCGGCGCGGAAGAUUGAGUUGGCGCGCAAGGGUCUUUUGUGAUUGAGUUGUCGCAGAAGGUGGUGUAUUGCUUUCAGCUGGAUUGGGAAUACAUCAGUGUUGGUGUUGGUGUAUAUCAGCUCUGGAUAUAUCUUGGGGAGCCUGCUGUUCUGGUGCUAUUUCUGAGGCCUGCGCGUUGUUCUGCGUCGUGGUUGAGUGGUUCUUGCAGCAUUAUUGCCUUAUUAGUGUCAAAGCGCCCUUGGAUAUUGCACAGCCAGCUGCUUUUGUGCUAUGAAUAGCCAGCAGCUUGAUUCCCGGGACAUCGCCUUACGCUCUGGUUUUUGAUCAGAGGCACCAGACCGUACUUGAUUCAUAUAUCCUGGGCAUCUGCGCUUACUUCUCUGCGUGGUUACAGCAAAUAAUAUACAUUCCAAUGUCAACUUCAUCAGUACUGACUGUCCAAAGC